ACACACUCUUUGAUUUUCACCUUCCCUCUCCUCUCGUCUUCCCUCUGUCUAUCUAUCUCCCCCUUCCUUCUCUUAACCUCGUGAUUUGACGAGAGCUCAACUCUCUUGAAACCAGGCUUAACCUUUCACGUGGGUUCUCGACUUUUAUCGUGCUCUUUAAUGGAGAUGGAAGCAGCUGAGUCAGAUAUUGUGGGUGAUUUCUUGAAAGUUGCACCUAUCGCAGAUCUGAUUCAUUCAGAUACUCCUACAAGCAAUGUGUUUGGAGAACACCAUAUCAUUCCCCGAGUUGGUGGCAAGUAUCAGGUUGAAAUUCCUUUUAUGACUGAGGAGACAAUGAAAUCUGAGCGGCUGAAGCUUUUGACUAAUCCUGCUGAUUCAAAAAUUGCCAAUGAUUAUCAUUCCUUUCUUGUGGGAUUACCCAUCCCAAUUGCGUGGGUCAAAGAACUGAAAAACACUGAAGCUGAAGGGUUGGAUUCUCCAAGAAACCCUGAUGAUGCAGUUAAUGUAAAGAAGUCUCUGGAAGCUAGAAAGAAAAGAAAGUAUCAUAAGAGAUCAAGGAAGAGAAGUUCAGAACUCAAUGCUGAUCACAUGGAGUUUGGAUUGGGCCAGGGAGAAGAUCCAAGACCAACAAGUUUAAGAACAUUAAUGCUGAAAGAAAGGCAAUUGCAUCAGAUGCUUAAAAGCGAAAGCUGUUUUCCAGUUCCCGAUUCAUCUAGGAAACUCUGGAGUGAUGCUGAAGCUGAUAGUUUUCUUCUUGGCUUAUACAUUUUUGGGAAGAAUUUCAAUCAGAUAAAGAGAUUCAUGGAGCGCAAGAGCACAGGAGAAAUUAUGUCAUUUUACUAUGGAAUAUUUUAUAGGUCUGAUGAAUACUACAGAUGGUCAGAUUGUCAGAAAGGUCGGAGAAAGAAAUGCAUUAUUGGUGAGAAAAUAUUUACAGGGUGGAGGCAACGAGAAUUGUUUUCUCGUUUGGUUCCUCAUGUCCGAGAGGAAUCACAAACCACUUUGUUGGAGGGCUAUAGGUCCUUUGCAGAAGGAAGAACAUCACUAGAAGAAUAUGUCUCCUCUUUGAAGUCUACGGUUGGCAUUCCUGUACUUGUGGAAGCUGUAGGAAUUGGGAAACGGGGAGAAGACCUCACAGGCUUUCCCAUAGAGCCUGGGAAGAAUAAUCAAGAGGCUCCAGUUCCAGCUUCAAGAGUACCAAAUGGUAAAGCUUUUGCUUCUCUUACAUUUAAUGAACUAAUGAAGCUUUUGACUGGAGGAGUGCGGUUGAGCAAAGCUCGAUGUACUGAUAUUUUUUGGGAGGCUGUCUGGCCUCGACUGCUGGCAAAUGGAUGGCACUCUGAGCAACCCAGGGAUCGAGGUUAUGUCAGUUCCGGACAUUAUUUGGUUUUUCUUAUGCCUGGGAUAAAGAAGUACUCUAAAAGAAAGCUGACAAAGGGUGAGCAUUAUUUGGAUUCUGUUAGUGAUGUUUUGAACAAAGUGACAUCGGAACCAAAACUCAUUCAGCUGGAUGCUGAGAAAGAUCCUGUUGGGAAUGAAGGUGGGUGGUCUCCUGAGGCGAUGUCAGACCAGGAAGAUAUGUCUUCUUUUCAACGACCUUGCUAUCUCAAACCCCGAGUCUCUACAAGCAACUCAAACCAUAUGAAGUUCACCGUUGUUGAUACCAGUUUGGUCCAUGGAGCAAAAUCGCGUGGCAUAAUGGAACUGAGAGACUUACCAGUUGAACUGGAGACUACUAACGAACAAUCAGAUAGCUCAUCGGAGAGUGAAGGGGAAUUAUUAGAGUUUAAACCGAAUGAGUACCGAAAUGGUAUUACUCAAAGAGGUGAGAUGCCAUUAAAAAAGAAUAAGGCCAACAAUGGUGGCAGUGGUGGUGAUCUGAAGAGGUUCACCGUUGUUGAUACCAGUCUAGUCUUUGGAGGAAAAUCAUCAUCAGUGAGAGAGAUAAGAUGCUUGCCAGCUGUAGAAACAUGUGCACUCAAGUCGAAACGUACUUCCUGGGAAACUGAAGCAACCUCCUCUGAGGAUUUACUGCAAAAGGGUAAGCCUGAUGCUACUGAUAGUUUACUGGAUGCUGAAGCGAAUAACUUCACCAUCGAGUGCCAGGAGGAUACAUCUGUUACUACAGAAAAAGUGGAGGACAAUCAGGAUCAGAAAACUAGCAUGUCUGAUGACAAGCAGCCAAAGGGGAGUGCAUUGAGCAAAUUCAGUCGGAGAGCAAAAUCUAGCCAUUCUGAUUCCAUAGGCCCUCUUAUCAAACGGCGAAAAUUAACUGCUUGUGUUAAGGCAGAGACAGGUAGCCUUAUUGAAAACUGCUCGCAAGGGUUGGAGUCGGAACAAGUGGGACUCCAUGGAACAUUGACUGAUCUAAAUUCAGGGACGCUUGUUGUUGAUCUAGUUGGUCCUAAACAGAAUGAAUUAUCUAGUAGUUCUGAGGCUGAUGGUAGUUUAGAAGAGGAGGGCAGUUUGGGAACUCGCAGUGGUGAUAGUUCUGGUGCGCAGACUUCUCAAGCCCACACAUCAAUGUGCCAACCUCAGGAUUUGGCGGACAGAACAGGUGGUGACACAUAUGAUGAGUUCAUCCAUGAGACAAAUGCAGAUAGUUCAGGCCUUUCGUCUGGUGGAACAAAGCCUGUUGAUGAUUCUGUGGGAACCUCUAACAUGAGUUCUAGGAGGCAAAGCACCAGGACCCGACCACUAACCACUAAAGCCAUGGAAGCUCUUGCAAAUGGCUACUUGAGUAUUAAAACUAGACAAAAGAAAGUUGUUGGUAUGAGAGAAGACUCAUUGUCACGUUCGAGAAGGAUGUCCCGCAAGGUUAGUAGCAGAGGCGAAGCAACUUCGAGCCCUCCUGAUACUGUUGGUGAAAUUGUGACUUCAAGGGAAGAAAUGGAAGUCAAUGAAGCUUGCAAUGGUACAGAAGAUACAGUUAGGAAGCCUCUCGAUCAAAUGGCAGAUAAGUGGCUCACUAGCUACUAGAGGAUCUUUGAAGACUUGUGUCAUCAUGAAGCUUCCCCAUAAGACUAAAUCUUUUUGUUCGACUUGAAAAGUGGAAUUCGACGCUGUCAAAUCAGUAAUUGCAAGUCUUUCCCGAUCGCAUUAGGGUAAGUAUAGAUGUUCAUGUUAGAAACUGUCAAAAUUAGUUCAGUGAUAGAGGGAAUACCGAGAAGAAGCAUCUGUUUUAGUUAUGUAGCAAGUUAAAUAGUUUAUACUGUACAAGUAAUGCGGUCUCAGGUAACUACAGCCUCUUCUUAUUUUGAGACUCUUCUUCUUUGUACUGGAUCAUAUUAUUGGUUUUAUGGUAUACUAUCUUAUCAUAUCAUA